UCCUUUCUCUCUCACCUAUACCUUUAUUAUGAUGGUGUUUCUGUUUACGAGUAACCAAACCCAUAAUUGAAAUGAGACUAGUUGUUCUACAAUCGCAAUCCACGAACAAUCUUCUACUCGUUUUCUCUCUGAGAUCUCUCUCUUUCUUCUUUUCCCUUUUGCAUACGAUUCGGAUUUUAGCGGCGAUGCUCCGUUGAUUCACUUGAGUGUUCUGGAGGUUUGACUUCGACUUGUGAUGGCAUCUAGACAAGGAUCUAAGUCGAGAAAAGGAGGGUCUGGCAAUUUAAAGGGUGCUGAGUCUACUGCAUCCUCAACAACCUCGUCUUCAAAGCUUUAUCAAGAGACAUCUAUUGAUGGACAUAGCUCCCCUGCUUCUUCAUCUGCCCAGAGCAAGCAGCAGUUCUUCUCACCAGAUUCCUUACCACAAAGUGCUCAGCGUUCUAAAGAAAAUGUCACAGUGACAGUUCGCUUUCGCCCACUCAGUCCACGGGAAAUUCGCCAAGGGGAGGAGGUUGCAUGGUAUGCAGAUGGGGAAACAAUUGUACGAAAUGAGCAUAAUCCGACAAUAGCUUAUGCCUAUGAUCGUGUCUUUGGACCUACAACCACAACACGCAAUGUCUAUGAUGUUGCUGCACACCAUGUUGUUAAUGGGGCUAUGGAGGGGAUUAACGGGACCAUUUUUGCAUAUGGAGUGACAAGCAGUGGAAAGACGCAUACUAUGCAUGGUGACCAGAGAUCUCCUGGUAUUAUACCGUUGGCAGUGAAAGAUGCUUUCAGCAUUAUCCAAGAGACACCAAAUCGAGAAUUUCUCCUGCGUAUCUCCUACUUGGAAAUCUAUAAUGAGGUUGUCAAUGAUCUAUUGAAUCCAGCGGGACAAAAUUUGAGGAUCAGAGAAGACAAACAGGGAACCUUUGUCGAAGGGAUUAAAGAAGAAGUUGUUUUAUCCCCUGCUCAUGCGCUUUCUCUUAUAGCAGCUGGAGAAGAGCAACGGCAUGUUGGAUCCACGAAUUUUAAUUUGCUCAGCAGCCGGAGCCAUACAAUAUUUACGUUGACAAUAGAAAGUAGUCCCUUAGGCGACAAGAUUAAAGGUGAAGCUGUACAUCUCUCACAGCUGAACCUCGUUGAUCUGGCAGGUUCCGAGAGUUCAAGGGUUGAAACCAGUGGUUUAAGACGCAAGGAAGGAUCAUACAUAAAUAAAAGUUUGCUGACUUUAGGGACGGUGAUAUCAAAGCUUACGGAUGUGAGGGCUUCGCAUGUACCGUACAGAGACUCUAAGUUAACCAGGAUCCUUCAGUCUUCACUGAGUGGUCAUGACCGAGUAUCUCUCAUUUGUACAGUGACUCCUGCAUCAAGCAGUUCGGAAGAAACACACAACACAUUAAAAUUUGCUCAUCGGGCAAAGCAUAUUGAGAUUCAAACCGAACAAAACAAGAUAAUUGACGAGAAAUCAUUAAUCAAGAAGUAUCAACACGAGAUUCGCCAAUUGAAGGAGGAGUUGGAACAUCUUAAACAGGACAUUGUACCAGUUCCUCAGCUGAAGGAUAUCGGUGCAGAUGAUAUUGUUCUGCUGAAGCAGAAGCUAGAAGAUGGUCAAGUCAAGCUCCAAUCCAGACUCGAAGAAGAGGAAGAUGCUAAAGCAGCUCUCUUGAGUCGAAUCCAACGGUUGACGAAAUUAAUUUUGGUGUCGACUAAAACCUCUCAACCAUCUCGAUUACCUCAUCGCUAUAAUCCUCGGAGGAGGCAUUCAUUUGGAGAAGAAGAGCUUGCUUACCUUCCAUACAAGAGGCGGGACUUGAUGGAUGAUGAGCACCUUGAUCUGUAUGUUUCUGUGGAGGGAAGUCCUAGAGAUACUGCGUAUAGAGAAGAAAAGAAGACCCGGAAGCACGGAUUGUUAAAUUGGUUAAAGCCUAAGAAAAGAGAUAACAGUUCAAGUGCCAGUGACCAGUCGAGUGUGGUGAAAUCUAACAGCACACCGUCGACUCCUCAAGGGGGAGGCAGUAAUCUACAUACAGAAUCAAGACUUUCAGAAGGAUCGCCCUUGAUGGAACAACUCUCAGAGCCUAGGGAAGACAGGGAAGCUCCAGAAGACAGUUCCCAUGAAAUGGAGACUCUGGAGACUAGCAAUAAAAUGAUCGAUGAGUUGGAUCUCCUGAGGGAACAGAAAAAGAUUUUAUCUGAGGAGAUGGCGCUGCAAUCAAGUUCUUUGAAACGGUUGUCUGAUGAAGCUGCGAAGUCCCAUCACAAUGAAGAGAUUAAAGAGGAGAUUAAAGCCCUAAAUGAUGACAUCAAGGCAAAGAAUGACCAGAUUGCCACAUUGGAGAAACAAAUCUUGGAUUUUGUUAUGAUAUCACAUGAGGCAUUGGAUAAAUCUGACAUCGUGCAGGUAGUUGCUGAGCUGAGGGAUCAACUUAAUGAGAAAUCUUUUGAACUCGAGGUUAAAGCUGCAGAUAAUUGCAUCAUUCAGGAACAACUCAAUCAAAAGACAUGUGAAUGUGAAGUAUUGCAAGAAGAAGUUGCAAACCUAAAGCAGCAGCUAUCUGAUUCCCUGGAACUAGCACAGGAAACUAAGAUCGAAGAGAUGAAACAGAAAGCUAAGGAACUAAGUGAAUCGAAGGAGCAAUUAGAACAACGUAACAGGAAACUCGCGGAAGAGAGUUCAUAUGCAAAAGGUCUUGCAUCAGCAGCUGCGGUUGAGCUCAAGGCAUUAUCUGAAGAAGUUGCAAAGCUUAUGAAUCACAACGAGCGACUUGCAGCUGAACUAGCAACACAGAAGAGCUCAGUCACACAGCGUAGUAAUAAGACAGGAACAACAAUAAAUGUAAGGAACACUGGAAGAAGAGAGAGUAUUGUAAAGAGGCAAGAGCAAGACAGCUCAUCAAUGGAGCUGAAGAGAGAACUGAGAAUGAGCAAAGAGCGUGAGCUAUCAUAUGAAGCUGCUCUUGUUGAUAGAGAUCAAAGAGAAGCUGAGCUUGAAAGGAUAGUGGAAGAAUCGAAACAGAGAGAAGCGUAUUUGGAGAAUGAGCUUGCUAAUAUGUGGGUUCUUGUUUCUAAGUUGAGAAGAUCUCAAGGAGCUGAUUCUGAAAUCUCUGAUUCCGUCUCAGAGGCACCACAAACCGAUCGGUCAUUUUGAGAAUUGAGAAAAAGACAACAUAAGUAGGAUAUGCUUGUGCAGUGAUUCCAGAGUUUGUGUUUGGCGUUUGUAUAAGUCUCGAUCACUUUGGUAAUUGGGACUUUUUUUCUUAACUUUUGUUGAUAAUUUUGUAAAGAAGAUUUAAUGAAGAGAACUAUUAUGUC